CAGAGAUUGGCUAGCUGAGCACAAUCACUCCCAAGUGGACUUACAGACACACUUGAAAGCUCAGAUAAGGGUCUAAGAACCAUGAAGGUCCUUGCUGUGCUCGUCCUAGCCGUUUUCACCGGCUGCCAUGCCAACCUCUUUCACGCUGAUGCCCCCAAGCCACAGCUGGAGGUGCUGACUGAUGCUUUCUGGGACUACGUUGGAAAAGCCACACAGACAGCUGAUGACACUCUACAGAUGAUUAGAAAGUCUCAGCUUGGGCAGGAGGUUAGUGCCCGUUUGACAGAAAGUGCUGACGUGGCCAGCCAGUACGCAGCCAGCAUUCAGCAACAGCUUCCCCAGGAACUGAUUGACAAAGUCACCACCGAGGCUGAAACGCUGAAAGAGCGUUUGAUCCAGGAACUGGGCACUGUCAAGGACACGCUGGAGCCCUACGCUGAGAAUGUGAAGGUCAAGAUCCAGGAGAGGGUGGACCAACUGAAACAGGAGUUGGCUCCAUACACAGAGGCAGCCCUGGACACAGAGACCCUGAAGACCACUCUGGUGCAGAAGAGUGAGGAGCUGAAGACCAGCCUCGAGCAGACUAUGGAGAACCUGCAGACUCAGCUUGGGCCCUACACUGAUGACCUGAAGCAGAAGGUGGACCAGCACCUGAAGGACUUCAAGCAGAAUGUAACACCUUUGACCGAAAAGGUCCAGAGUCAGCUCACAGAGAGAGCCCAGCAGGUGAGAGACAUGGCCACCCCCUAUGUUGAUAAUUUGAGGGAAACGCUGGACCCCUAUACUGAGGACCUCCAGGCUCGUCUCUCCAGCCUCUAUAAAACCUUUGUUAAACCCAAAUAAGUCAUUCUCCACUUCACAGUAAAACAAUGAGACUGCAGCCAAAGAAACACAAUUCUCUGAUUUCACGUCCCAGGAACAUAUCAGUGUCGGUAUAGUGACAUAAAUUGUAUUGAAAGUUGCAGAUGUCAAUAGAAAUGUUUAGUAAUGUAAAAGUUGAUACAUAGCAAAUAUGUGUUGGUCUGUGACCGCGCACUGUGUUCUCUUCCUAUAUUAUGGAAAAUAAAGCAUAAGAAAAACAUAA